AUGCGUCUUGGAUCCACUCACAACCCCAACCCAUCACCACCUCUCACCCUCAUCAAUACCUUCCGAACCCCACUCCUCACCCCGACUAACCACAACUCCUCACCCCCGCCAACCACCACCCUCGCCCUCAACAACCCCUCUCCACACACCCACCAACCUGACACCCAACUUUUAACCCAAACCAACCCCCUCCCACCACCCCUCACCCCUACAACUCCCUCUCACCACCUCUCAGUCCCACCAACGCCCUGCCACCACCCCUCAGCCCCACCAACUCCCUCCCACCACCCCUCAGCCCCACCAACUCCCUCCCACCACCCCUCAGCCUCACCAACUCCCUCCCACCACUCCUCAGCCCCGCCAACGCCCUGCCACCACCCCAUCAGCCCCACCAACUCCCUCCCACCACCCCUCAGCCCCGCCAACGCCCUCCCACCCCCACAAUGUCCGCCUAGUACCAUCCUGUUUAGGCACUCAGCUCAGUCUGUGUAUGUCACAAGUCUUGGAAGUUUUAUCGACCAGUAA